AUGUAUUCUGAUGGCAACCGCUUUGUCAUGGACAGAAUCAGGUAUGCAGGGGUAGCUGUGAUGACUUUGGAAGAAACCCUGUGGGCUGAGGCUCUACCUCAGGGUACACUAGCUCAGAAAGCUAACCUGAUAGCACUGAAAAAGGCUCUGAUAUUGGGAAAAGGCAAGACAGUGAAAAUCUACACAAAACAGAACCCAGCUCACCUCUCAUCUGAUAAAGGAACAGCCCUCCACAAAGAUGGUAAAACAUGUCUUGAAAUAAAGGCUCUCAGACUGAAGGCAAGAGAGAAGGCAGCUGCAGACAAUGCCAUGCUUCAAAGUAUGGCAUUAUUUAGUGCCCCCAAGGAACCAGCUGAAAUUUAUCAUGAAAGUAAGAUGACAAAUACUGAAGAGGUGAAUAAAGGCAUCUACUUUAGCUACCCAUGUCGACGUCACAGCUGUGCACAAGUGAACAUCCCUGCACCAUGUGUCAACAAGUUGAUUUCACAUAUCGAAGAUAUAGACUUCAAAAUACAGGAACAUUUGAAACAAUUUGAAACUUCUUUUGAAGAAUGGAGCAGAAUUUCCUUCACCAAGGAAAGUGUGGGUAUAGAUGCCGCAGGCAAAGAAGCCCAAUCAGGAGAAAUACAAGAUGAAAAAUGUCUGGAGUUGAAGCAGGAAAUGGAAACAUUGCUAUCAGAGGUCAGCCAUCUCAUUAAAAGUCUAGAAACUGAUCGGGCAGAUGCAGAGCAAGCUUUAAAACAACAAAAAUCAAGAAAGCAAAGGAUUAGUAUGAAAAUAGACUCUUGGUCCAUCUGGAAACUUCAAGAGCUUCCAACAGCAGUGCAGAAAGAACAUGAGGCCCAUUUGAGAGAUAUUAUAGAAUUACGGUGGCAUCUUGAAGAUAGAACUAAUCAACUUGAACAUCUGAACAAAGAGAAGGCAAAGAUUGAAGAAGCAAAUGCAAAGAUCCAGGUAGACAUAGACUUCAUGCACCAGCAUGCCCCACUAUUGGACUCCAAGCGGAAGCAGGAACUUGACUCCCUGAGGGAGCGUUAUCACAAAAAAUUUGAGGUAAUGGAGAUAUUCAGAAGUGUUCAUGAAGAACUUGAAGAAUUUGUAGAAGAAUGUGAAAAUGCCAAAUCAAAGCUUAAACAAAUGAAAGAAGAUAUUGAAACUGAUAUGUAUAAAGACGAAGUAAGCUUAGAGACCUACAAGAGAGAGCUGGAUAAACUGAGCACCCUGCAGGCUCAUUACUCUACAUCAAUAGUAAAUGUUAACAUUGACAUUGAAGAAGAUGAAGGUACAAUGACAGAAGUGCUGAGGGAAACAGAGACUUCAUCAAAUGAAGUAUCUUUCUUAAUAACCAAGCUAGAUGAGUUGAAGAAAUUGUAUGACCAACUGUCUUGGAAGCAAAGAAAUUAUGAGCAGCAGUAUCGGGAAGCAUACAAUCAUUUCCAUGCCACAAGGAAAACAUGGGAUGUUGAGAUUUCUAACAUUACAAAGGACUUCACAGAUAUUUUAGGAAUAUAUACUACACUGGUAGAAGAAAAUAAAACACUUGCAAAUGACAUUGAGUCUGUAACAGCACAAGUGAGUGAAAGUGUAAGGAAAAAAAUGCAAUAUGAAUCUGAAAUUCAAUCUUUAGUGAAAGUGAAGAUGAAGAAUAAUGAUUACCUCAAGCAGCUCUACAAGACUGCUUAUCAGAUUGGUGCUGUUUACCACGUAACCAAACAUAAAACAGAGGAGUUAGAAGAGAAAAUAUCAGAAGUGAGAAGAAAAUUCAAGGGUAGAGAAGAUUUCUUAAAAAAACUCACACGAGGUGAAAUCUCUACUGGAAUGAUAAUUCAGAAAAGAUUGUAUUCCAUCCAAGAAAGCCAGUUUCUGGAGAGGCAGGAUCUCGUGAGGAUGAAAGCCCUUUAUGCCUUGGUACUGUCAGAAAUUGAGUUGCCUCUGCAAAAGCUUGAAGAGGAUGCCAUGCGACUAAGAGCCACCCACCAAGAGCACACUGAGACACUUAAUGAUAUACUUAGGAGGAAAGAACGUGUUAGAAAAAAGGUGGCAACAACAAGAAAAAAAUUGCGAAAAAAGAGCAAGAAAACCCGCCAUAUGUUAACAAAAACUGAGGGAAAGCGCUCAAUAAUUAACCAAGAAUUAGAAAAGGCUAAAACCAAAACAAUUAUUUUAAAUGAGCAAACCAAAGAACUGAAUAAGGCAGUGAAUGCAUUGCAAGAUGAAAAGAUGAAUUAUGAUCAGAAACUUGAGAAUUUAAAGGAAAUGUUUUUCACUCUGCGGUACAAGAGGGAACAUGCACAAGCUGUGUUUGAUCACUUGAUGAAAGAGAAGAGAGACUGUGAAGACAGAAUAUAUGAAGAGGAGCAGAGAUUUAGAAGACUCUUGACAAUGAGGCAAAAUACUCUGGUAAAAAUUCAAGUAAUACAAAAUGACUCACUGGAAGAAAAUCUACAUUUAGCACAAGAGUAUCAAAGGAUGCAGACUAUUUUUUUGAGGGAAAAGGAAGCUUACUUCAAUGUGUUUGAUAGACUACUCUCGAUCAAUGCUUCAGUCAGUGAUAAGAAAAAGCUCUGUGAGCUGCAGAGAAGACUCCGCAAGCAGUGGCAGAACUACUUCAGGCUGCUGGUCCUCUUCAACAAGAGGAGGCUGGCCAAAUUCCAGGCAGACUCUCAGGAGAAUAUUCAGAAAAUCUUAGCUGUGCAGACAAGGAAGAGACUUGCCUCCUUUUCCUGUACAUUUAAUGACUUCUGGCAAUAG